AUGAGGUAAAUUGUUUCAUCUUAUAUUGAAAAUAGUCAAGAGAUAUAAUAUUAAAGUAAAUUGGAAGCAAUAGCCAUAGAAGAUAUACUCACCACAUAGUUUUUGGAAUUAAAGUAAAUCUAAAUUAGACAUAGGUUAAUUAUACUUAUUUAAACUUAGUAGAAGGUUAUCAAAAACCCUUUUUUAAUUUAUCAGAAGACUUUUUUUUGGGAUUUAUUCAUAAACAUUUGCAAGAAGGAGAGAAUAAUAUUAUUGCAUCUUAAGGUGA